AAUGUUAAUACGUUAAUCUCUUUUAUUUUGAAACUUUCCCAAAAAAAUUUACCCGGAAGUGUUUUUUUAUGUUGAAGCUGAUAAAUGAGUGGUUUAUAGUUAGAACUGCAGCUAGCAGUUGCAUUUCUGUGCAGUAAAGACAGACCAACUGGCCGAACCGAAUUGGCUACCAGCCUUUCAGUCGACUUACUAUGUCUAAAUUACAAUCAUUUCGUGUGUUCGUAAAUGAGCGUUUAACUGCCGCUGCAUUGGAGAUUUCCGAGGCAGUUGAGAAAACCCUACUGGAGUACCAGGAGGAAAAUGAUCGGCUACGGAGGCUGAUGCGAAUGACACCAGGCAUAAAACGAUGUGAAACGGACUCCCUGCAGUUCUCACUCAGUGUCUCUGAAGAGGAGGUUCCCCCUGAGCAGCAGCCCUGUGAGCAGGAGUGGAACCCCAGUCCGGGGCAGGAGAACCCAGAGCCCACACAGAUUAAAGAGGAACAGGAGGAACUCCGCACCAGUCAGGAGGAAGAGCAGCAUCACGAGGUCUUUCACACCAAAGACACCAUAUUCACCUCUACCUGUGUGAAAAGUGAAUGUGAUCAGGAGGACCCACUUGGGUCCUUGAUUCGUUCCCAAACCCAGAUUGUGGAGAACAGAGAGAGUGACUCUAAACCAGCAGACAUCCCACAUUUUGACACUGUCACCCACCUAACGGGUCUCAGUAUUGCCUAUGGUUCUCCAAGUCAAACCAAUGACUCCAACCACAACUCAGCUGUAAGCAGCGAUACAGUUGAAUUUUACAACAGCCCACCAGUGGAUCGCAGCCCACCAGUGCAUAAACGUUGUUCCAAACCCAGAACCUCAUCUAAAACUACUCACCACUGCCGUGACUGUGGUGAAACAUUUAAACUGAAAGCUAACCUAAAGAAUCAUGUGACUUUCUCCAAAAGACCCAGUGAAUGUAGCUACUGCAAGAAAUGCUACGACUCCACCUGUAAACUGAGGGCCCAUGUUCAACUCUGUCAUGUGGAGAAAUCCUGCACCUGCCCUGUUUGUGGCAAGACCUUUAAAUUCAAUGGAGUUCUGUCCAGACACAUGAGGACUCACACUGGAGAGAAACCAUAUAGCUGUGGUGACUGUGAGAAAAGAUUCACUGAAAAGGGGAACCUAGAAAUGCACAAACUGACUCAUACAAGAGAGAAACCUUUUAACUGUUGUGACUGUGGGAAAAGCUUUGGUGAGAAGGGGAACCUAGAAAUGCACAAACUGACUCACACAGGAGAGAAAUCAUUUAGCUGUAGUGACUGUGAGAAAACCUUCAGUGUGAUGCAGACCCUUAAGCGGCAUAAAUUGACUCACACUAAAGAGAAACCAUUUUGCUGUGGUUACUGUGAAAAAACAUUUCAUUUCAGGCAUAUCCUAAAGUGCCAUGAACGGAUCCACACAGGAGAGAAACCUUUCAGCUGUAGUGAUUGUAGUAAAUGUUUUGGCCAGAAGAGGGACCUAAGAAGGCACAAGCUGAUUCACACAGGAGAGAAACCAUUUUGCUGUGGUGAAUGUGGAAAAAGCUUCAAUCGCAAGCAGACCCUAAGGCGGCAUGAACUGAUUCACAAAGUAAAGAAACCUUUUAGCUGUGGAGGUUGUGGGAAAACAUUCAAUCGCCCCCGGACCCUAAAGCGGCAUGAACGGACUCACACAGAAAAUAAAUCAUUUAGCUGUGGAGAUUGUGGGAAAACAUUCGGUUGCAGCCGGUCCCUAAAGCAGCAUGAAUUUAUUCACACAGGAGAAAAAUAAUUUAGAUAUGUUACCUGGAAAAGCUUCAGGCAGAAGGUGAUUUUAAACACUUUCCAAUAAAAUGUAUGUUAUUACAA